UGUAUUUAAUCUAUAUUCUGCAUACGCCGCGCCCUUUAUUUUGUAGUGCAGAAAAGGGGGAUUCCCCUGAACGCUGCUAUUCAACCCUGGUAGAAAUGUUCACCAGCGGUUGGUCAAUUAAUGGGGAAUUUUCCAAGUUAAGACGUCGCACACUAUGAGGUUUAUUUAAUUGUUAAUUGCAAAAAACAAUUAACUAAAAAGGAAUAAGCAUGUGCAUUAGGCGCACCUAUGUAUGUAUACAUACUAUAUAGAUAGUAGUAGGUAUAGAGAAGCUGAUCAAUUAAUAAUCCAGUUCUGCCUAUUUUAGCAAAGAAAAAAUAAAGAUUUUCUUGUAUUCUUGUUCAAUUUUGAGUUAAUUUCAAUUAAAUUAUACAUUUUUAACAUUAUCCAUUUUUACGUAUAUCAAUAUAAACACGACACGCCUCCAUCAAACUCUCUAUCGAAAUGCAAACAGAAUCCUACUAUUCCACUGAUAUAUAGGUAUCUUCUCUCGGGAUAAAUGAUGACAAUGCCUUAUCGCCUCGCUCUCCGCCACGUUAUAUUCCACAGAACGGCUUCGCCUCGCGGAGAAGAGAAAAACAAGACGUUUCACUCGCUCGCACGUACUUACAGGCAUGCGUAAACAAGUAUAUGUAUAUACGUAUAGGUGUAUUCGUCCAAUAUUCCGAUAUAACAGCAGAGAGUAAGCGUAUGUAUAUACGUAUACCCCCCGCUUUGUGCGUGAAAUUCUCACGCGCGGUCGGGAAAAGAGGCAGUCGUAGUGCGCACCCGUGAUCGCAGUCAGCUGUUCCGUUCGGCUCGUCGUCGGCAAUUUUUAUAUAGCUCAGUGCGGAGAGGUUUUUUACAGCAGUUGUUAAACGACAGCACGAUGGCACAGAAGAACGAGAAAAUCGGUAUUGUCGGCAGUGGCCUGAUCGGCCGCAGCUGGGCUAUGCUCUUCGCGGGCGUCGGUUACCAGGUGACGAUCUACGACAUCGUCCAGAGCCAAAUCGACAAUGCCCUGCAGGACAUCAAGGACCAGCUUAAGAGGCUCGAGACUAAUGGACUGCUUCGCGGCAAACUCAACGCCGAUCAGCAGUACAGUCUUAUCAAAGGAUCCUCGAACCUAGCCGAGAUGGCAAAAGGCGCGAAAUUGAUUCAGGAAUGUAUACCCGAGCGCAUCGAUAUGAAAAUCAAGCUGUACGAGGAGCUCGACAAAGUGGUCGACGACAAUGUCAUACUCUCCUCCUCAACCUCUACGUUCAAACCGUCCCUGUUCAGUGAGAAACUCAAGCACCGAGACCAAGUCAUCGUUUCCCAUCCCGUGAACCCACCGUACUACGUGCCACUCGUGGAAAUCGUCCCAGCUCCAUGGACCCGUAAAGACAUUCCAGCAAAGACUAAGGAAAUUAUGACCGAAAUUGGUCAAGCCCCCGUUGUACUCAACCGCGAAAUCGACGGAUUCGCUCUCAACAGAAUACAGUACGCAAUUUUGAACGAAGCCUGGAGAUUAGUCGCUGACGGUGUUCUAGAUGUAAAGGACAUCGACAUUGUCAUGAGCGAAGGACUCGGUAUGCGCUACGCUUUCCUCGGUCCUUUCGAGACUGCCCAUCUCAAUGCAGAAGGUAUGAAGAGGUACUGCGAGACUUACAACAACAGUAUCUACAACACUAGCAUGACUUUCGGCCCUACUCCGAGAUUCGUGGGUCCACAAGCCGAUGAGAUCAGCGAGCAGCUGAACGCGAUCUGCCCGCUUGACAAACUCCAGGAGCGACGUGCCUGGCGUGAUCUCGCUCUCACCAAGCUCUCCGUCCUCAAGAAGGAGAUUUCGCAGAACAAGUGAAGACUCAACCUCGCUAAACCGCACCGUGUAAUAUACUAUUAUUGAUGUGCAUAUACGCAACCUAUGCGAAAGAACACGACUGUUAUAUUCUUUUCUAUUUUUAACUAUUGAUUGUAGAUCUAACGAAAAAAGGUGUAUUAAAAAGAUUUGAUAUUGAAUGAUAACGAA